GCGCACGCGCCAUCCCGUUCCCGAUUUGCGACAAGGGGGGUGCGGCUGUAACCAUGGAUCCCAGUGUACUCGCCACCAUGGACAAGGACGCACUGAAGAAGCAGAUCGAGAAUAUGAAGUACCAGGCGUCCAUGGAACGGUGGCCCCUGUCGAAGAGCAUCGCGGCGAUGCGGGAGUACGUGGAAGAGAACGAGAGGAAUGACCCACUGAUACACGCUCCCGACAAGAAGAACAAUCCCUGGGCCGAGAAAGGCAAGUGCAUAAUCAUGUAAUCGGGGCCAGAGCGGAGGAAGAGCAACAGAAGAAGAAGGAAGCGGGCAUACAAACCGAGGAGGAGAGGAGUCGGUCGUUCAUCCGCGGCAAAAGAAAUCUCAGGCAGAGAUCAUGAAGAGGGAAGAGGAGUGGAGGAGUAGGAGGAGAAGCACACAAGAGGAAGAGGAAGAGAUGCCGGUAGACGUCCGUUGCGAUUCGAUCGCGAUUCGCAGAUCUUAUUCGAUCGUCGAAGCGAUCGUCCACCGGCCCCGCCAAAAUAAAGACGUGGCUAUGAUCAAUUUCGCAGUCAAUCUGUCGAUUGAAGAUCGAACUGGAGCAAAUUAUUUGCCGGACCGUUCCGUUCCUCCAGGACUGUUCUACGAUCGCGCGACGUGCGGCUUCGCUGGCCAGUUCCUGAUCCGUGUCGUCCUAUGAGGUAUCGUUAUCCUUCGUUAAUUGUGCCAUUCGAGACGUUAUUCGUAAAGAUACCCUGAGGUAACUCAAAGCCUGUGCAUUAAUAAGCCUGUUGACACAGACAAAAAAAAGAUACAAAAAAAGUAAAUGAUAAGGAGAAGGAAAAUGAAAAACGAUAUCUCGUAAUCGAUCUUAUGAAGCAAUCGCGCGCUGUUAACAAUUUGCGUCAAAUUCAAAUGGUUUGCAUUCGCAAAGAGGAAACAGAGAUGAGAAGAAAAAGGAGAAAAUGGAAAAAUUUGUCAGAUAAACCACUUCCGCCUGGAUCGAUCGACGUCGAAUCAACUGCCGCAUGCCGCGCGACGUCGCCCUGCACAUCUCACUCGCCGAUGCACUUGCGGUGUGAAACUUUAUCCAUUCAUCGAUCAACCCAUGAAUGCAAUUUAUUCUUAAUGUUACACGUAUACAUAAAUAUAUAUAUUCGUAUUGUACGAAUAUACAUACAGUUAUUAUUGUAAUAAUAAUUAUAAUUACUCUUGUAUGUAAUUCUGCGCGAAUUUCUUACGAAAAUAUAUAACAUAACCAGCGAUUGAAAUCCAAAUCCAGUUUUCUGCUUUCGUUACUUGUUUUAGGAAAAUGCACGGCAAAACGUUACACAAGUUUUUUAUUGAAUCUUCAAUUUAAUUAUCUGAAGCGCAACCAGAAUCGCUACCGUGUUGCAUUCGAUUGUCUUUCUCUUUUUCUCUUUUAUCCUCAAUCGUUGUCGUCUGACUAGUUGUUAGGCGUUUCUACUGACAUUCAUGAUACGCUUGCGAAAUUCUGGAAAAUCACUAGACUUUGCUCUCGAUUUGUUAAGAUACAACAAAAU